AUGUCCAGCAUCACUGUCUUCCCCCUCCCUCUUCCCUUGCCGGUCGAGCGGCGCGGCGAUGAGCCCACGAGUGUGGCUAUGCCACCUCGUGUGAUCACCCAGCAACAUUGUCUGCCACAGCCUCCCUCGCCUCAACAGGGGAGCAGCACGAGCGUGUUGCGGCCGCUGCUUGCGCUGGCCCUGCUCUGUAUGCAGCUGAUGUGGAUGCGGCACAUGACCUCGUCAACACCUGCACAGGGGGGACUGGGUGGCUUAUUAUUUGACUCUGGGCAGUACUGGUACACAAGGAGUGGAAGCACCAUCGUUGACUAUGCUAUAAGAGCAAACUCUAUAAAUGAUACGGAAAUUGGCUCAGUCACAGAAGGGGUAUUUAUACAACUGGGAAAAAUAUACCCUGUGAUAUUUGACAGCCCACUAAACUUUCAACCAUCUCUAAUCUUUUUGGGGGCAAGUGUGACUAUAACAUGCGGCCCUCCACCACCGGGUCUCAGUUUCGUCACCAACUGGACUGCAGAGUGGACACUUAACGGGAUUUCAAUACCCAAAGAUAGUGAACACAACCAGUUACCAGUUGAUAAAGGAGUAGCAAACUUAACUGUGAAACAUGUUUUUAGCGUUGACAAAGGACUUUAUCAAUGUCUGCUGACAGACAGCAGUAAAGUUUUCCAUGGAAUUAUCAGACAGAAAUUCAAUAUAACUUUGCAAAAAAAACCCUUGAUCCAAGUGACACCAAUCAAAAAACUGGUCAAAUGUGAAGUGAACGUGACAGUGACGUGCUCUGUCAACAGCCCCUAUCAGGUUGAGUUUAUUGGCCUACCUGCUAAAGGCACAAACAUCACCAAUACAUUUUCAAUAUCCAGUAACUUACAAAACUAUACUAUCACUUGUCGAGUGAUAAACCAUACGGAAUAUAGCAGCAACAUAACACUGGUGUUACUCAAGGAGAAUUUUACAUGUCCCAAUGAUCCUGUGUUUGGUAAUGGAACUGUUGAUUACACAGCUGAAGCUCCCUGCGAACCAAACUAUGUGGGAGCAAAGACAGCAGUUUGUAAGAACAAUGAAUGGGAUGAUCGACAAGACAACUGCAUCCUGCAAGUUGUCCAGGAGCUGCUCGAGCUGUCUCAGGUGACCUUGUUCAGCAGAUCCGGCCCCAACAGUGUUGGAGCCCUAGGGGAGAUUUGA